AUGGCAUUGGGGCAGAAUCACACCACAGUGACGAGAUUCAUCCUGCUGGGCCUCACAGACCAGGCAGACGAAAAACAACUCCUCUUUGCCAUCUUCUUGCUGAUCUACUCCAUGACUCUGGUGGGCAACCUCGGCAUGAUAGACGUGAUCCAUGCCAGCUCCACACUGCACACCCCCAUGUACUUCCUCCUGAGUGUGCUUUCCUUCCUUGACAUCUGUAAUUCCUCUGUGUUUACUCCCAGGUUGCUGAUCAGCUUCCUCACCACUGACCAGUCCAUCUCCUUUGCAGGCUGUGUGGCCCAGAUGGCCCUCAUGAUCCUCCACGGCACAGGGGAGUGUCUGCUCCUGGCCAUCAUGGCAUAUGACCGAUUUGUGGCCAUCUGCCACCCUCUCCUCUACCACACCAUCAUGUCCAAGCGCUUGUGUGUCCAGCUAGUGGUGGUCACCUAUGCUAUGGGGGUGUUUAUUUCAGCUCUGCAGACAGGGAAUGCCUUCAUCUUGCCCUAUUGUGGUCCCAAUGUCAUUGAUCACUACUUCUGUGACAUCCCCCCCGUGCUCCAACUGGCCUGCUCAGACACCACGGUGGCCAAUAUCAUCCUGCUCUUCUUUUCUGCCUUGGUCACUGUCCCCACAGUCUCAGUGAUCUUGGUCUCUUAUGCCUACAUCCUGGUCACAAUCUAUAAGAUGAGGUCCUUGGAGGCCCAGCGCAAGGCCUUCUCCACCUGUGCCUCCCACCUCACUGCCCUCUCCCUCUUCUAUGGGUCUGUGUUCCUUGUAUAUGUCCAACCCAACCCUGAAAGUGCUUCAGCCUAUAACAAGAUCUUGUCUGUGUUCUACACCAUUGUGAUUCCCAUGCUGAACCCCCUGGUCUACAGUCUAAGGAAUAAAGAUGUCAAGGCUGCUGUUCAAAUUAGGGUUCUUAACCUGAGCAGAAAAAGAAUUUGUUAG